CGGGCCCUUCGCGUCGCCGGGCUCGGGAGGCGCCGGAAGCACCGGGAGACGCCACAUGGCGCAGGCGGGGAGCGCUGGCCGGGGGGCCGCGGGGCAGAAGCCCGCGGGCGCGGCCCCGGGGUGCGCGCUUUGGCGCUGGGCCCUGGGGCUGCUGUGGCUGGCGUUGGCCGCCGCGGGCUCCUCCCGGCGCCAGUGGCCCGUGCCCUACAAACGCUUUUCCUUCCGCCCAGAACCAGAUCCUUAUUGUCAAGCUAAAUACACUUUCUGUCCAACCGGCUCACCUAUCCCAAUUAUGAAAGAUGAUGAUGUCAUUGAAGUCUUUCGGUUACAAGCCCCAGUAUGGGAAUUUAAAUAUGGGAAUCUCCUGGGACACCUGAAAAUUAUGCAUGAUGCCAUUGGAUUCAAGAGUACUUUAACUGGCCAGAACUACACAAUGGAAUGGUACGAACUUUUCCAACUUGGAAAUUGCACAUUUCCCCAUCUCCGACCUGAAAUGAAUGCCCCUUUCUGGUGUAAUCAAGGAGCUGCAUGCUUUUUUGAAGGAAUUGAUGAUAUUCACUGGAAGGCAAAUGGGACAUUAGUUCAAGUAGCAACUAUAUCAGAGAGAGCACAAGCAGGGGAAGGGCAGAGAGAGAUGGAGAGAAAAUCCCAAGCAGGUUCCACGCUGUCAGCACGGAGCCCAAGCAUAACUCCCUUCAGUAUUGACCUGUUACAGACUCUGAAUUUUUUCUAAGCUACGUUAUGUCAUUUGUGAAAUGAAGACACCAUGAGAAAACGAGCUGCAAUGUCCCAUCUGGGAGCUACUGUCAGAACCACAUGACCAUGUGCAGGUGGAACUCAGUGACAAAGUGGGGAGAGACGUUGGGGCUGAAAAGUCUGAAAAAGAAGGGGAAUCAACACCUGUUGUGAAUGGAAAGUGAACAGAGAAUACAGAUUUUUCAAGUAAACUUAUUGACUCUAAGAGUUUUUAGACCUAAGCAGUCUGGCCAGAAAACUGCUUAAAACAUGGCUUUUCCUAGGCCUGCAAAUAUAACAGAAAAGGGUUUCUUUCCGGAUUCCCUAACUCCUGCUAUUGUGAUUCUGUUGUUUCUUGUCUUUUUCUUGGUGCACAGUAUGCUUGAGCCAAAAAGCGUGCCAAGGCAUUUCCCUUCUGUACUUUGUCGUAACUUAUUCCUAAGGUUAUGUUCUCUGGUUUUGAGAUGCUUGGGAUAUGAUUAAAUAUAGCAUCCUCAUAAAUGGAGGUAAGUUUUAUCCUUUUGAUUUCUAGAAUGUUGAUUUGAGAUGGCUCAUUCUACUCAAGCAUCUUGUUAGUUUCCUGUUUCCUUUCUUUUCCAUGCCAAUUCACACACUGGAACUGAUCAAUCUGCCAGCUAAGUUAACGGAUACAAAAUGGUAUUCUCUUCAGUUCUCAAGCGUCCGUGAUGUCUCCUCUCUGUGUGACAUUCUGAAGGUUGGCUUCAUUCCUGUGGCCUGUGAUUUUAAAUCCACUGUAAUUACAAUGGCCUCACCACAUUCUCCCCUCCAGGUGUCCUGGAUAUUCCUAGGAACAGCUUCCAUCUCUGCUCCUACUUUGUGUUUCUUGGAAACAUUUAAAGCCAGUUCUGAGCCUGUACCUUCCUUCAGUCUUCUCCCACAGGACUUGGCAUGGGAUGAAGAGGACUGAGGAAGAAGGGAGACACAGCUUCCUAAGUAGAUCCUGAGAGUUAGAUUCUGGGGCUGAGGGGUUGUCUCGGGAGCAGGGUCAUCCCUUUCUGAUGCCUGUUGCCCAACAUCCUCACGGCACAAUGACUUGUUCUGAAGAAAAAGACUGUAUUGCCCUGAAGGUUCUAGAAUCUCUUUUGAACACAGGCAGCCAGUCCCAAUUGGCCCUUUGAGGAUAUAAACAUGCCUUCAGAACACUUCUCUUCUUAAAGCUCAAGAUUUCUUCAUGAAAUAUUAACCCAAGGUAUUCUGCAGGUUCAGAGUGGAUUAGUUCUGCCUGCAACCCUUUUAGCUUGGCUUGGAACCACCAAGAGUGCCCUUAAUGACAACAGAUUACUCCUGCUUUCAAACACAUUGGGGCAAUUAAAAACUGCUUGCAACUCUGGGGCAACAUCACCCAAUGCAAAGGGAGUUUGCAUAAUCCGCUUAAGAGAUUUUAAAAGAAAGUGUUAUCAUUACUUUUUCAGUGAUGGGUCAGAUGUAUCUUAUUUAGAUUAAGGGGGACCUGCUUCCUUGCUCAGCAAGCCCAAGAGCUUGCACAUCCAGCAGACCCACAAACUGCAUCAUGAAGAGAUCAAUCUGUGAUAUUCCGAUUUUAUUUUUGCAGUAAAGUCUCCAACAUCAGGAGUUAGACUACUCACACUGCUCUAUUACAUUUUAGAAUGUUCUGCUUACAUAUUUUUUUUUCUCAUGCCUUUCUCUGCCCCUUGAAAUGCUACUUAUUCUUCAAGAUGGAGCUCAAAUGGCCUCUCAGCUAUUCCUCUCCUAACAACAACAAAAACCAUUAACAGCGAUCUUUCCUAAAGCCUGAAGGAUAAGACUUGGGCAUGUUUAUGAAAUUUAUUAGAAGAUUCUCUAAAGAGUUACCUGUGUUCAGAUUUGAUCUCUUCAUUUUAAGUUUCUUCAAGGCAAACAUUAUAUUGACACAUCAAUUUAUGUAUUUCCAACAAUUGGGAAUAUACAACAAAACUGAAAAAAACUUUUGUCAUUCUCAUGAAAUAAAUAGAAACUGAUUUAUGAUACUUAUAAAUAACAAUUGUCAAUUUUAUGAGUUAACUAUAAAAAAAGAUCCACAGAAACACACUGUAGUCUGUGAAGAAGAGACAAGUGAUUUUGUUGAUGAUAAAAGUCCAAAAAGGUUCUGGUUAGUAAGGUAGAGGUUGGUCAAUUUCCUAGAUGGUUUUUUUCCUGUCUUUGGCAUGUGUCUGUUUAUUAAUACAUAUAUUUAUUUGUUCUUCCCAGUGUUUAAUUAAGAUUCCAAAAUGUACUUCAUUACUAGUCUUAUUUUCCCUAAGAGUUAUGAAAGUUA